UGUUGUUUACUGCAACUUCCCAGUUCAGAAUUCCUCAGCUUCUUACUGUUUCACUUAAUAUUUCGUCCCCAUCCAAAGAAAGCUUGCGACCUUUUCCCUGAGACCUCUGCUGCGACAGUACGUGGCGUCACAGCAAGAGCACCUCAGGGUCCAGAUCUUGAAGCGCCGCUUAUUUGGCAUUUGGGUUUCAACGGAACCGAAGAAAUUCAGGAAACCGAUUACAUAGAAGCGGAAGUUGAAAGUACAGAUACGGUAGAGCCUCAUCUGGAUGAACUCUUCGGUGAAAAGCUAUUAAUCGCGAAGUUUUGCUUGGCGGAUACGCUAGAUAAGCCAGCUCCUCGUUCUAACAUGACGAUUGUUGGUAGCGAUGAAAUAGUUGUUCCGCCAGGAAUCGUACCAAAUAAACAAGCCAAACGACAUACACCAGUGGUACUGCGAAGUAUGGGGAAGAAUAAUAGUAAAAAGCAACAAUUGUUACAGUCAGUAAAUGUUAAAAUGAGCGACUCUUUCAAACGCCCUGAUUCAGGAUCAUCGCAGCAGACAUUUAUUCUCGAAAAUAGUCGUCGGCGGCCACUGGUUGCACGAGAUCCAUUUAAAAUUGGUUUCGUCUUUAAGUGA